GUCAAGUUUCAGCAUCUCGUUCUCUCUCUCACCAACACUCGUCACCCACUCCCCACAUUCUUUUGAAAAUGCUCUCCUUCAGCACCCUGUCUGUCUUUGCCGCUCUCGCGCUCAGCACUUUCACCUCUGCGGCUCCCGCUCUUCCCGGUGUCUCUGACGUCACUUCCGCCGUUCCGGGUCUCUCUGCUGUCUCAGGCCUCACUGGGUCGCUUCCGGUUGUCAACGGGCUUCUCCCCCGAGACACCAAGAAUGUUGUCACGAUCAUUAACGAGACCCAGUACAAGGUGACUGAGUACACCGUCGAGUUCCACUACAUCACGGCCCAGAACGCUACCAUCGAGGUUCUCGCUCCCCUUGUUGAGAACAUCAAGGGUGUUCUUGGUGAUGCUCUCGUUGAGAUCAAUGGUCUCGUCGGCCAGAGCCAGACCGUGAUUCUCGGUGUUGAGGGUGGUGCUCUCCUCGCUGUUGGCGAUGUUGCGGCUGCGAUCGUCGGCCUCCUGACACUUGUGCUCGACGCCGUCUCUGCUGUCCUCGCUGUGGUCAGCUCGGACGCCACUGAGUGUGUGACUUACCUGCUGUCCGGUCUUGUUGAGGUCCUUGGCUGCCUUGUGUGCGCCAUUGUCAUGCUUGUCAACGGCCUCCUCGGCAACGUGGUUUCGACCGUUGUUAGCCUGCUCGGCGGUGUUGUCGGUAUCCUUUCCACCCUCAAGGUUACCGUCCUCAUCAGCAUCCUCGGCAUCACUGUUUAAAAGCCAUGCCUUGCCUGAUCGUCUUGCAUAUGCAUUUGCAGUAGUAUUUUAGGGAGAGAAUAAUGAUAAUACCCUGAUUCGG